AUGGUCAUUAAUGAAACUCAGCUUGACAAAAGGAGACGCCAAAAUCGGGAUUCGCAACGGCGGUUCACUGUAGGAGAAAGAAAUAAAUCAAGGCGGUCGAACUCGUGGGGCAAUCCGACCGGCAACCACGGGCAACAACUUGCAGCUCUCGACGAACUGUCAGCGUCGCUGGGAUCGAAUUCCAGUAGUCUGUCAUCGGAGCACCCUAACACGUUUAUUUCGAACGACUACCAGAGCCUGCUUUCUCCCCAAGGCUGCUCGGAGGGAUAUAAUAACUGGUCGAGCAACAAGGGGCAGUCAAACACGCGCGGGGAGGUGCUGUACCGCCAUGGACCCCCUACUAACGACUCCAAUCCUUUACCAUCGGGACAGAUGAGCCUUCCGCCUCUCAACGAACAGUUCCCAUUGCAUGGUAUUCCCAUGAACGUGGAACACGCAAACACAGGUCGCCAGCAAGAGCAGCAGCCGCACAAUAUCGGAGAUACACGUGCAAGCAGGAAAGAUGGUAUGCUCUCCCCCGUUUCGCUGCUUGAUGUGGACAAACGCAUCGGUUCCGAGGUUUCGAAGCCAUUUCGGCCUCAAGAGUUGUUCUUUCAACACCCUGGGCAAAGGGUGAGGAGAAGGUCUGAGUCCAGAGCCGAGCAAAUGAUAGCGGAUGUAGAGAAACUCUACGAGUUCGGCAUUAGUCUGUCGCUAUUUCCCGAGGAUCUGUUACUCCGAAACUCAUUGCGAAGGAUGAAGGAGCGGUUCCAGAGCCUCGUGGUGUUGGGCGACGUUUCGUCUAGUGAGGGGGAUCUGUACGACGGCGACCCCGCAGAUAGAGACAGUGAUGAUGAGCAAGAGUACGGUGAAUGA